UUCACAGACAGUUUGUUGAGUGGUAAUUACAGUCCAGAGGAAAAAUCAAUCAUGACUAAUAACAUUGUACCAAGAACAAAUAUUGUAAUAACAGUCCAUUAUUUUCAACAACAAGAAAAGCAUAAAAAUUCUACAUUUAUUUCAUAAUUGAUUUAGGCCUACCAUUUUUACAUUUGCUCACAAUGGAAAGCUGCAUCCGUUCUCAGUGAAUGAAUGACCACAAUCAUGAUGACGACUCGACCACUUUCCUGUUGAUACAGCUGAAUAGUCCCCAAUACUCUUAUCACUUGUCCUUGUCCAAACAGUCGCGGCUGUAGAUUCGGUCGAGAUAAGGUUAGUGGACGCUCCUCCUAAUAUGAUGCUGCUAUUGCUCGUGGAGUUUGUGGUCACGCGCCGCAGUCCGGUGUGCUGGGGAAGUGCUUUUAUCAGCUCUUGCGAACCUCCUAGAAACGGACUUUCUUUGACUCUCGCCUGUGUCUUUGAUUUUAGCUUAUUUCAGCCUAUCCAUACUCUUUUUUUAGGCUAAUGGAAAACCGAAGGCAGCUGAACUGAGCAUACCUUUUGAGGAGCCAAGGACCUUUGUAAAACCGUGGUCUGUCAGUGGUCAUUUUGGAAGGCUUCACAUUGGCUCGUGAACGAUGAAACUUCAAAUAGUUUUGGAACUUUUUUAUUUCCUUAUCAUUUUACUCCCAAAUACAAUGUUUUCUCAAACAGUGCUGCCCCCAGAAUGUGCUCCGGGGGGUCACUCUCUGCUCCAGAACCCAUACCGUAGCACCAGUUUCAGCUCCCGCAGCCUACAGCAGUCAGCCCUCCAGAACUUCAUCUGUGACCAUUCCCUCAUACCAGGCUGGUACCAGUUCCAGAUCUUUGACAAGCCCGCCAGCAUGCCCACACAAUGUGUGGAGGUGAACCACUGUGGGACCCAGGCCCCAGUGUGGCUGUCUCUGGGGGAGGGCGAGAGCCUCCCGCAGCCCCUGGAGGUGACGCAACUGACGGCCUGUGCCACCUGGCAGUUCUUCCUCAGCAGUAGUAAGGACUGCUGCCUGUUCCGCAUCCCUGUCACCGUGCGCAACUGUGGAGACUUCUACGUCUACCUGCUCCAGCCCACCCAGGGUUGCAUGGGCUACUGCGCACAGGAGAUGUCAGACUCUGCGGCGGUGGUGUGUGGUCCUGACGAGGUGGAGGUUGAUGGAACGUGUAAAGCUAAACAGCCUCCUUCCCCAGCGGUGCCUGUGAUAGUAGCAGAGCUCUCUGGGAGCAUCGUCUACCUGAAGUGCAGCUUCGAAGGCCACAGCCUGAACAGCUCCCUAGGCUAUGUGGUGGCCUGGUCUCGCCUCUCCCCCCAAGGCACCAAAGAAGAACUGAAACAGGAGACUACUGUCCAAACCUUUGCCUUCAUCGAGCUGGACGGGAUCAACCUCCGACUGGGGGACAAGAUUUACUGCAGUUGCUCCAGUUUUUUUCUGGACUCGCCGGACAUCCAGGGAACCCCAGUGGAGAGCAAAGAGUUCUUCGCCGGGAUCAGGUUGAGACCAGAGGUGACUACUGUGUCUGAGGAUGGGAAGGACUAUGAGUUGACUGUGGAGAGUACCAUCCCUGUCCCCUGCCCUGGCGAUGCCUCCUCAUCCUCCUCGUCCUCCUCCACAGAGCAGUGUACUCUCUCCUUACACCUGAGUACAAGCAAUCAAGGAGAGGAUCUGUUGGGUCCAGAUGUGGUGUUGUCCUCGUGCCAGGUGGAUCUCUCCCAGAGCCUGGGGUGUCGUAACGGGGUGUGUAGCCAGGCCCUGGUUCACCUCAGCGCUGUCACAGACUUCCUCAGGGACGGAGACAGGACGACACAGAUCUCUGUCAAACCCAUCGUCACAUCCAACUUCCUCUGGAGCGGCUACACACCACAGAGUGUCCAGAUCACAGUGAAGGAUGUUCCCUCUGCAUACUGCUACUCUUUCACCGAUCCUCACAUCAUCACGUUUGAUGGCAGGCAGUAUGACAACUACCAGAUUGGGACGUUUGUGCUGUACAAGAGCACGCAGCAGCCGUUCGAGGUCCAUGUGCGCCAGUGGGAGUGCGGGAGCUUGGUCCACGGCGCCUCGUGCAUGUGCGGGUUCGUCGCGAGGGACGGCGGUGACGUCAUAGCCUUCGACAUGUGCAACGGCGAGCUGGGGGACACCAGGCCGCACCUGUCAGUGAAGAACAGGGACGUGGGCAAGAGCGGCAUCCGCAUCACUGAGUCUUACCAAGGACGCAAAGUCACAAUGACCUUCUCGUCUGGGGCAUUUGUGUGUGCCGAUGUGUCUGACUGGGGCAUGAGUCUGACCCUGAGGGCCCCCAGCUCAGACUGGGGCCACACCGAGGGCCUGUGUGGGACGUAUGAUGGACAGACGCACAAUGACCUCCACACAGCAGGGGGCGCAGCGCUGGACAAUGAAGACGUAGCAGCCUUCAUCUCUGAAUGGAGACUCCCUCCUGGUAGCAGCUUGUUUGACACCGUUCCGGCCUAUCAGAGCGCCCCAAACCCUCACAGGUACUGUAACUGUGAAGAAGAGUCCCGCCCCAAAUCCCCGCGAACCAGGUCUCAGCCAAUCCCUGGCUCCGACUCCUCCUGUUAUCACCACGGCAACGUGAGACUCCACAGUAUAAUCCCCACUCUAGAUGUCACUGCCGAAUACAUCAACUCAGUAGAGCUGUUCAAAGGCCACCAUGUCUACCCCCUCAGGAACUCCAACCAGCAUGGCCAGGCCGGGGACACCGCCUCCCAGCCUGGAGAGAGAGGCUCUACCCUAACAGGCUCCAGCCAUGGAGCCAACAACCAGAGAAGCCGUGGAAGGCGCGCAGCCCUACCAGUUCCUCCCCACGCCCUACCAGAGCUUGAGCCAGUCCGACCUGGAGGGCUUCACCUACUUCUUCCCAGAGGACCACGAGCUGGCAGCCCAGCCGAGUCCUCCUCCCCCACCUGGCCCACCCCCGUCUGGGCUAACACAGCUCCAGGCCAGGGUGCAGUGCCAGCGGGUGGUGGCUAA